AUGUCUAACCAAAAGAGCACCGAGUCUGCAAUUAAGAAUCUGGAAGUCCAAGUGGGUCAGCUUGCAAAGCAAUUAGCUGAAAGACCAUCCAACAAAUUUACAACAAACACAGAGAAAAAUCCUAAAGAAGAGUGCAAAGCUGUGAUGACUAGAAGCAAAAUGGCGAUUCAAGCGGAGGAAAGUAGAGCUGAUCAGAAGGUGGAGGGAUUUAAACAACAACUGGCUGAUGAACCGGUUGAAGAUUUAGUGGAACUUGAAGAAAUUGUGGAGGAAGUAAAAGAGAAGGUUAUUGAGAUUGAGAAGAAGAAGGGCAAGAAUGAGGAUAACAUAGAAAAGAAGAAAGAGGCUACUCCUAUUGAAAGCAAGGAGGUACCUUAUCCGUUGGUACCCUCUCGGAAAGAUAAAGAGCGAGAUUUGGCCAGAUUUCUUGAUAUCUUCAAGAAACUGAAAAUGACUUUGCGGUUUGGAGAAGCACUUUGGCAAAUGCUCCUCUAUGCCAAAUUUUUGAAGGAUAUGUUAACCAAGAAGAACUGGUACAUCCAUAGUGACAAAACUAUUGUGGAAUGUAAUUGUAGUGCUGUUAUUCAACGCAUUCUUCCACCCAAGCACAAAGAUCCUGGAGUUGUCACGAUACCGUGUUCUAUUGGUGAGGUCACUGUAGGCAAAGAUCUCAUAGACUUGGGAGCCAGUAUCAAUUUAAUGUCUCUUUCCAUGUGCCGACGACUUGGAGAGAUAGAGAUUAUGCCCAUACACAUGACCCUCCAGUUAGCUGACCGUUCCAUCACAAGGCCAUAUGGAGUUAUUGAAGAUGUUUUGGUGAAGGUUAAGCACCUUAUAUUUACAGCUGAUUUCAUUGUCAUAGAUAUAGAAGAGGAUGCUGACAUUCCUCUCAUUCAUGGCCGCCCAUUCAUGUCUACUGCAAGAUUAAUGGUAGACAUGGGGAAGAAGAUUCUGCAGAUGGGCAUAGAAGAUUAG